AUGAGCGGAGAAGACGAUGACCUCAAGUUACAGCGUGCAUCAUCUGCGUUGCUCGCGGAUCUCGAGAAGCUGUUGCUAAAGCUAGUCCGAGGGCGUCAACAUGGGACCACAGCCGCCCCCGUUCGUCAAUUUGUGCGAGAGAUGGACAUGUACCGAGCAUGCGCUCUAAUUGAACCUUUUCAGGAGGAUCCUCAGCUUCUUGAUACGCACCUGAAGAAUCUGCUUCCUCCUCUAGUUGCUGCCUAUCUGGAGUUGCUGCAACCGACAUCCAGAGAGAAAGCAAAGAAAGGCCAGGUCCCUGCCUCGCAUGCGAUAUGUUACAUCAUCAACCUCUUCUGCAAGGUCAGAGGCGAGAAGGUGAUCAAAGGUUUCCUCAACAACGAGCCACGCUACCUCGAGCCGAUCCUGCGAGAAUUCGAGGUCGGAAAGAACUUUCGGAAGGCAGGUGAUGACUCUCUUCCGCAGUCGAUAGUGCCUUGGACGGAACGAUAUGUCCUCCUUCUGUGGCUCUCACACUUACUACUCGCACCUUUCCCACUGGCCUCCAUAUCGGCCCUGCAAUCGUCAGAAGAGACUGCGACAGUGCUAGGCAUUGAACUUCCGGCACAGGCUCCCGGCAUAACACUCCGCGUCCUCAACAUCUGUUUUCAAUGUCUGCAGUCUGCAUCGAAAGAAAGGACAGCUGCUGCGAAACUCCUGGUCACGCUCUGCGUCCGCCCAGAUAUGCAAGAGCUUGGACUGCUGCACGUGCUCGUUGAUUGGGCUCUGUCAUUCUUCUCAAACGCUCUUCAAGACACCUCUGAUAUACAUAGAUGUAUCGGUGUGCUGUCGUUCAUGUCGGGUCUCGUGGCUUCUGCCACUAAUGAGGAAAUUGGCCCGUUCCUUGCACCUGCUUUUCAAGUGUGUCAAAGCAUCUUAUAUCAAGAGAGCCUCACGUUCCUCAAGUCUUCUGCGGUGGCGCGCAAACUGGUGGUCAAGACCAUGCGAAACAUUGUCACACACUGUCUCCAGGCAACGUUGACACCAUCAGGUCUCGAUCCUACGACUGCGCUAGAGGAAUUCGUCGAGGCAGUGUUGGAAGCAGUCGGUGAUGGCGACACACCGGUCCGAUAUGCAGCGAGUAAAGCACUCAGUGUGAUCACCUUAAAACUCGACUCAGAUAUGGCCGAAGAGGUGAUUGAAGCAAUCCUCGGAUCACUGAACGAGAAUGUGUACUGGCAAGGGACCAAGCGCAACUUGAGUGGAGUCAAUACUCUCCGCUGGCACGGCCUGACCCUGACUCUCUCUCACCUGCUGUAUCGAAAAGCCAUACCGACUCAUCAGCUUCCAGACGUACUAAACGCACUUUUGCUGUCACUCAGCUUCGAACAACGAUCACCGACCGGCGGUUCGAUUGGCACCAACGUACGUGACGCUGCUUGCUUCGGUAUAUGGGCUAUGUCUCGCCGCUACUCUACGGAUGAUCUCCUGGCAGUACAGACUUCAUCCAUACGGGCAUCCAAGCAUCGACCAGAUAUGUCCGUGCCUCAGACACUGGCGAUAGAGCUAGUCGUUGUUGCCUGUUUCGACCCAGCGGGCAAUAUCCGUCGAGGGUCAUCUGCAGCAUUGCAGGAGCUUAUCGGUCGUCAUCCGAAUACCAUACACGAGGGUAUUCCACUUGUUCAGGCCGUCGACUUCCACGCGGUCGGUCUCCGCCAGCGAGCCAUGUGCGACGUAGCAGUCAAGGCCGGUGAUCUACAUCCAUUGUACUGGCAAGCUCUGUUCGAAGCCUCACUGGGAUGGCGAGGAACGGGUGCGCUGGAUUCUGAUUCGCGUCUUUUCGCCGCCAGAUCGAUAGGUUUACUAUCGAUAAGCCAGAUGCUCCCCAUGGUACAACAGAUGAUCGAUCAGAUAUGCAGCCAGCUGAAGACACUACGACCUCGGGAGGUUGAAGAGCGUCAAGGGCUUGUGGCAGCCCUAGCAGCACUUUUGGAAGUUUCAAAUCAUCCAGAGGCACCUUCAAAAUCCACUCGACAGGCAGCCUUCACGCAUCUAUGGCACCUAUUUGACCAUCAGCUCAAACUUGAGGAUAGAUCUUUCACCGCACCGUCAAUGCGGCCCGAGUAUACAGCUGCAUCUUAUUGCACCUUAAUUGCAGCUCUUGUUCGUGCUAUUAGAACAGUACCAAGGAACGAGUGGGUUUGUGAAGUGCCUGUGGCCGAGAUCAUUCGUAUCGUCAAUUUGUGUCUUGCGCGUCACGAAGAGACUGUGUUGGAAGCGAUUGCCGAUGUUUCUGGUGAAGUUCUCACAAUCCUGCAGCACGUCAGUUCAGAUCUUGCGGAGUCCUUGGUAACCACGUGGUUGACGAAGCUUGAGAAUGGGAACUCGUACGGCGGGCUCCGAUGUCCUGGCCAUGUAAUCGCGCUCGGGUCUGCUUAUGGUGUAUCGAUGUGUUCUUUGGGUGGCACGGCUACAGAGCUGCGUACGCGCAUCCUGCAGACAAUCACGUUCAGGUGUACCGCAGCGGUAGCGAUCGAAGCGAGAACGGUAUCUUUGAGAGCGCUGAAUACUCUACUGAAGACCUGCCAGGAGUUUACGAAGGAUGACCAAGCGCCCAGAGCAGCCGAUGUCAAAGACCGAAUAGCGAGUGCGCUGCACAUAGCCCUGAACGACUACACGGUCACCGAGCGGGGUGAUGUAGGCUCGCUUGUGCGGCUGGAGGCUCUCAAUGCUGUUCGAACAGCAGGGGAAGCCAAUCUGUUCCACGACCAGGCAGCUGAGACAGACCUUCUGAUAUACGCAGAUGUUGUGCGUUUAUCAUUGGAGAAGUUGGACAAGGUCAGGGCACGAGCAGCGGCUAUCAUCGCUGGGGGCCUCCUUGCUAGGCAGUCUAUGAUUGUGACCGCAGCAGCUGACGAUGUCUCUUCACGAGCCUACUUCCGAGAAGCCCUGGAUGCGAUGAAAACGACCGACUCGCCUGCGAUAAGAGAGGCCAUCUGUCAAGGUCUCGUUGGCUCGGCCGGCAUGGCAUCCGAGUCGGUUGUGCAAAACUGCAGAGACGCGUUGCUGGACUUUACUGAAGCAUUGCCCCUGAUCACCAAUCUAGUGAGCAAGGAGAUGUCGCUAGUGGACUUUGCCACAUGCUUGGUGGAGUUGCUCAAGAAAGAGCUCCAGAACGACAGAGUCUUGCUCCCACUGCUCGAAGGAUUGGCGUUUCUUUUCGAUAUGCGGGUCAUGCACCGCCUCGAAUCCACAAACUUCAGCUUUCGAACACUUCUGUCAUAUACCCAAAAGGCUCACUUCAAGUCCACGCAUAUACAAAAACUGCACCUUGCGCUUGAUGUAUAUCGAGGACUUGGUACGAUCCCAGCAACUCGUGCAGACACUCUUGCUAAAGUAACAAGUAUGCUCUUGCAUCCGUUCCCCAAGAUCCGGAUCACUGCGGCAGAGACUCUGUGGAUACUGACUCAAGAAGACACCUUGAAGUUGCAAGACUGGAGCUUGCCCUCGAAAAGCUUGAAACCGGCAGUCGAUGCUAUCAAGCAGCGUCAGAGAGGCGUGGCGCAAGCCUGA